AUGGCGGAGGCGCCGAGUGCUGUUUGUGGCGCGGCGUCGCCUGAGCAGGAGUCGUUUGGCGUCAGGCCGGCACCAGACACGAAGGCUUCCCGUGGGUCUCAGCCAGCCGUCAAGAAGAUGAAGGCAGCCGAUGAGAGGAGCCUGAAGGGUACUAAGCGUGUCAACGGUGAAGGGGGCAGUGGUGGUGGUGGCGGCAGCGGUGGGAGCGGCAAGCAGUCUAUGUCUCUGCCAGCGGUCGUGCCGAGCUACAGCAAUCCCUCGGCGUGGGGCUUCUCCGCGCUCCCUUCUGGUUCCUCCGGGAGCACGGGGGGCUUCGCUUUCCCUUCUCCACUGCCCCGGAAGCUGCUGUCGCCCGCCGUUUUGCUGCCUUCGUCCGCCUCCCCCUCCUCUUUCCAGCAGCACCAGCAUCGCCACCACCGGCACCGCCUGGCCGUCGAAACGGGAGGCUGCGGUAGUGGUGGGGAGGCCGGCGCUGGAGGAGGGAGUGCCAAGCCGAAGAGGGCCAAGGAAAAGCGGGACAAGGAGAGGAGGAAGCACGGGACCCUAGAGUUGGUCGCGGCGGUGGGAGAUGGCGACGGCGGCCUGAGUGCGGCAGGACAGGAGGAGAACGGAGAGGUGAAGCUGCUGUUGCCGAAAGCUCAAGUCAAAGAUAAAAUUAAAGAAAGGGAAAAGAAGCAAAAAGAGAAGAAGAAGCACAAAAUAAUGAAUGAAAUGAAGAAAGAAAAUGGAGAGGUCAAAUUAUUGCAGAAAGGUGGGAAGGAGAAACCAAAAACCAAUGCAGAAGAGCUACAGAUUAAAAAAGUUAAGAAGAAAAAGAAAAAGAAACAUAAAGAGAAUGAGAAGAGGAAGCGUCCAAAAAUGUACAGCAAAUCCAUUCAGACCAUCUGCUCAGGAUUGGUUUCUGAUAUUGAGGAUCAGGAAGCCAAAGGCAUCAUAGAUGAUCAUCUUAAGGAUUUCAAUGGGAAAAAUAUGGAUCCCAAGAAGGACUGUGAGUCCAAGAUACCUGAGAACAGUGAGUUUCCAUUUGUCUCGUUAAAGGAGCCACGGGUUCAAAAUAAACUCAAAAGGUUGGACACAUUGGAGUUCAAACAGCUGAUUCAUAUUGAGCACCAGCCUAACGGAGGUGCAUCAGUUAUCCAUGCCUACAGUAAUGAACUCUCCCACUUAUCUCCUGUGGAGAUGGAGAGAUUUGCAGAAGAGUUUGUGGGUCUGGUUUUUAGUGAAAAUGAAAACUGUGCAGCUUACUAUGUAAUGGGUAUUGUUCAUGGGGCAGCUACCUAUUUACCUGACUUUUUAGACUACUUUUCGUUUAAUUUUCCCAAUUCACCAGUGAAAAUGGAGAUUUUGGGAAAGAAAGAUAUAGAGACAACGACUAUGUCAAAUUUUCAUGCUCAGGUAAAAAGAACAUACUCUCAUGGUACGUAUAGAGCUGGCCCAAUGAGACAGAUCAGCCUGGUUGGAGCAGUUGAUGAGGAAGUGGGGGAUUACUUCCCUGAAUUCCUUGAUAUGUUGGAAGAAUCACCCUUCUUAAAAUGUACACUGCCAUGGGGGACACUUUCUAGUUUAAAAUUAGAGAGUCGUAAAGACAGUGAUGAUGGCCCUAUUAUGUGGGUACGGCCAGGAGAACAGAUGAUCCCUGUGGCUGACAUGCCAAAGUCACCUUUCAAAAGGAAGAGAACUACCAAUGAAAUAAAAAACUUGCAGUACCUACCUCGAACCAGUGAACCCCGUGAAAUGCUAUUUGAAGACCGGACACGAGCCCAUGCAGAUCACAUAGGACAAGGUUUUGAACGACAGACUACAGCUGCUGUGGGAGUAUUGAAGGCUGUGCACUGUGGAGAGUGGUCUGAGCAGCCUCGUAUAACCAAAGAUGUAAUUUGUUUUCAUGCUGGAGACUUCUUAGAGGUGGUUCAGCGAAUGCAAUUAGAUUUGCAUGAGCCUCCGCUCUCUCAGUGUGUCCAGUGGGUUGAUGAUGCAAAACUCAACCAGCUGCGAAGGGAAGGCAUUCGUUAUGCUAGAAUUCAGUUAUUCGAUAAUGACAUAUAUUUUAUCCCAAGGAAUGUUGUGCACCAGUUCAAAACAGUCUCAGCUGUGUGCAGUUUGGCUUGGCAUAUCCGCCUCAAGCUCUAUCAUGCAGAGGAAGAACUUUCUCAAAAUACAAGUACUGUUGAAACAGAGACCUCUGCAGACCCUAAGUCUUCGGUUAUUGGACUUCAGACUGACAGCAGAAUAUAUACGGUGAACAAAAAUACCUCCGAAGACACCAAAUUUUCAGAUGCUCUGCAGACAAAGCAUCUGCAGCAGGAGCUUGUGCUGAUAAAACAUGAACCUAUUGCAUCUCACAGAGUGAAAGAAGAACCCAUGAAUGUUGAUCUUGCUGAAAAACCAGUGGCACCUGAUGAUGUUGGGGGCCAGAAUGUUCAGACUAGGUUGGAUCCUGUUGAGUUGACGGCAUUUAAGUUGGAAAUGAAUUCUAAAUUUGAAGCUGGCAACAAGGACUUGCAAGGCAAGUUAUGCUCUGGAGGUCACAUACACCCAGAUGACACAAGACAACAUAGCUCAUCAUAUCCAAAACUGCAUGGACAAAGAGAGGAUGAUUUUUUGUGUUAA